AUGGCUUAUAAAAACACCUGGAGUCAUAAAAAAUCUCAUCAUUGUUAUUAUUAUUACUUAAUAAUUGCAAUUACAUUUACCUGUUGUAAUGCACUGGAGACCAAGGCCGAGGUGAACGAGACAGAAAGCAAUGGAGUUGCGUCUAGCAACGUAGAUCACAAUUGGAUGGAUGAUAAGCCUGAUUUAUCCCAUCCACAUUCUUUCAAAAAUAAGCCCAGCAAAUUUGAUGUCGACGUUUCUGGGCUCACUUACACCGACAACAAUUCUUCUCAAUCUCAAAUUCCAAAUCCAAAUUCAAUAGACACCAAAGCUUGCAAAGGCUCAGCUACCAAAUGCUUAAAAAAAGAUUUGGAGGAUUUUUUAGACGGCGUCAAGGGUAAGAGCGUCCUCGACGUUACCGACUCAGUGCAAAUAGAAAAGAGGACAAAUUCCACGGCUGUGGAUCUACACGAAAGUUUGUUCGAUAAAGUUCACAGGCUGGCCAAAAAUUAUGUUUUAAAAAUAAAACUGAACCAAUUGAGACAGCCGAGAACGUUUUUUGGUUCUUUGUCGGAUGGAAAGAAUCCAUUUUUAACAGGCUUUGGACUUGGUUUUUUAGCGUUCGGUUUGAAGAAGCUGCUGUUACCGUUAAUCAUAGGUGCCCAGGUUAUUAAAAGUAUCCUGAUAGCACUUUUUUUGCCGAGUAUCAUUGGAAGUAUUGGUAAAAUGGUUGGAAAAGCAGGGGUUUCAUCGUUCGCGCAGUCUUCACAAGGUGUCACUGCGACGCCGGAUGAAAACUUUGAAUUCAAAGACAACUCUGAUUUCUAUAAUGAUGAUUAUCUGGCGAAACAACCCUUGGGAACCUUGCCAGCAUCGACAAUGUACGAGGAAGGAAUGAUGCAAGUUCAGAAACCAGACUCGAGGUAUUCUUUUAUUGACUCAAGAUUGUCACCGGUCGCCAUGCUUAAUGACAGAUACUAUACCAGGCAUGCUGCUAAUGGUUACGCGAAAAAACAAGACUUUAAGGUAUUUCACGAGAUUCCUUCAAGUUCUCUUCUUCUAACGAACUAUGACCCAUUCUACUCGCCCUUGCUCUCUCGACUGGACGCAGUAUUUUCCCGUCUUGGACACACCACUGAGGGAUGUCGCGAAUACGCGGUAUGUGCCAUGUACCGCAGCCCGGCUCGUUUUGCACCGUAUUCUAACCUCAUAUCAGCUCAAUUAUCCCGCGAAUUGAACGAAUUACGUCGACCGGCGAGUGACAAUCCUGAAACGCUGAGAUUCUUCCGGUACAUGAAAGCCGCCAAAGAUGGCCAGGACGGAGUGAAGUGCGAAGACGUUUACGUAAAUUGUGAAAUCGCCAGGGAUGAUCCUAGUUUAAGGCAAAAUCAAGCCAUGCUUGCAACCUAUCAGGAUAUCGACAAACUUGUUCACGCCAGAAAAUUAUAA